AUGCCCCCUCCAGUUCUCCUCCAUCUUCUUCCGUCUCCUCCAUAUACUUUUCCGUCUUAUCCGGCAUUCUUCCUACACUUCUCCCCCACCUCAUGCUCAUUCCAGUUCUCCUCCAUCUUCUUGAAAGCUUCUUCCAUACUUCCAGUCUUCUACUCCAACUUAUGCCCCCCACCCCGUUCUCCUCCAUCUUCUUCAUCGUCAAAUCCCUUUUCUUCAUCGUCUACUCCUCCACCUCAUGCUCAUUCCAUUUCUCCUCCAUGUCCUUCAAAGUUUCCUCCAUCUUAUUUAUUUUCGUAUCCUUCAUCAUCUUUCUCCAAAUUAUUCCCAUUUUAUAUUCCCAUCCUGUUCUCCACCAUCUUCAAUAUCGCCUCCAUCUUCUUCUCCAUAUUUUAUCCUAAACUUAAUAUUUCAUUUUUCUUCUCGGCCGUCUUUAAAAUUCGAUCCAUCGUCUUUACCGUUUUAACCUCCAUCUUAUUUUUUUCUCCUGCCUCCUGCUAUUUUCUUCAUCACUUUUUACUUUUAUUUUCUCUUCAGAAAUUUCUUCUCUUUCAGUUUUUUUUUUUUUUUAUGCAGAUAAUCGUGGCGCCACGGUGA